AUGGCGGAGAUUACGUGUGAUGGAAAUGCCAGGACCGUGGAUACAGGUCGAUGCACCGAAGCUCUUAUCGGUAUGUUCGUUUGGGCGAUCACAACUAGUGGUGAUUUGCUAUGCAGAGGCGGCGUUUCAGCACAAAAUCCAGCUGGUGAUUUUUGGGAGGAGGUGUGCAGUGAAAACAUUCACAUAGUGGAUGUAUGCGCAUCGUCAAGCAAUUGCCUUUGGGCAAUCACAGCACAAAACACCGUUCUGGUACGCACAGUAAUGAAUGCCACUGAUAUCACUUGUGCUGACUGGCACACUGUCGAGACACCCUCGGCUAUGACUGGCCACUUGAAGCAGAUCGAAUCUGGAAGAGUUUCAGUUUGGCUGCUGACUGACGAUGGAGAGCUAUUUCUAAGAUUGGGUAUCACUUCCAAGAAUGUUUUAGGUGAUUAUUGGUAUCAGUUCGGCAGUGACAACGGUGCUAUGAUCUGCUGGAUCAGUGUUGAUAAAAACGAUCGACUUUAUGCGAUCAAAAAGAUGAACGCUAACAAGAACUCCGCUAGCUUUACAGUGGUUCGUACGCGUGACUUCGAAUUCGUCAGCGAGAUAUAUCGUCGACGGCAGCACGCUUUACCGAAGAAUAAGGGUAGGAGUGCAGGGAAAAACAACGAACAACCAGUGAAAAUUGAAUGGGAGACGGGUAUGACGAAUUUUGGGUGCCCGCAAAUUUCGGUUUGGUAG